UAAAGCUUGCAGUUAAUAUGCCACAGUAUCCUCGCCUCAGCUCCACAUUCAGCCGGAUUUUGGGUUGUUAUUUUUACGAGAAGCCUCUCAGGGCGCAAAGAUUGCAGACAGUUUUAGUGAAAGUCAAAUAUUAAAUCUGACAGAUUUUAACUGCCGUUGUAAUGUGCUUGCCUGCAGACAGAAUUGAACACAAGUACUGUCUGUAUUAAUGCCAGCAAAAGCCAACACGGGACUCUCUGCUGCCCUGUGCAUGAGCUUCGCAUCCUUGCAUUUCCAUUACGCACAGGAGAGCGCUCACAUGCCUUUUGGACCAGCUCUCCUGGCAGAAGGGCCUUGGUCCCUCAUUAAGACCACACUGGGGACGGCAGCGACAUACGAGCUUCUGGCAUCUUUAUCCCCUUGGAAAUGAACUUCUUCAAUUCCUCUGCGUAAUGUCUUUUACAAUUUCAAUUAUCAUGGUUUGGUUCGCGUCCUCCUGCUGCUCCGCAGGCGGAGGAGUGUGGUUUCGACCCUCAAGAAGUUCAAGACUCCCUCCUGUGAAGUCCCCGAGAAUAUUUGGUUUGUAAAUAUUUGUUUUUUUUUUCCAACUGAACAACGGUGUAUGUCCACCAUGGCCGCUGCAACCUGAGGGGAGAUGGAUUUAGAGGUGAAGGAUGUGAACGGCUCGAACCGGAAUGAGAGCGACGGCGGACUGAGCGCUUCUUCUGCUGGAGUGUCCACUGCGCUGGCCAGCGUGCUGAUCUUCACCAUCGUGGUAGACAUCCUGGGCAAUGUCCUCGUCAUCCUGUCCGUAUACAGGAACAAAAAGCUCAGGAAUGCAGGCAACAUCUUCGUGGUGAGUUUAUCAGUUGCAGACCUGGUGGUGGCACUGUACCCCUACCCUCUGGUCCUCACAGCCAUCUUCCACAAUGACUGGACUAUGGGUGACCUACACUGCCAGGCCAGCGGCUUCAUCAUGGGCCUCAGCGUCAUUGGCUCCAUCUUCAACAUCACAGCCAUUGCCAUCAACCGUUACUGCUACAUCUGUCACAGCCUCCACUACGACCGUCUGUAUAGCCUAAGGAACACCUGCUGCUACCUGGGCCUCACCUGGCUGCUUACUGCCAUUGCCACAAUGCCCAACUUCUUUGUAGGCUCUCUGCAGUACGAUCCUCGCAUCUACUCCUGCACCUUUGCCCAGACAGUCAGCUCAUACUACACGAUCUCGGUGGUCAUCAUUCACUUUCUGAUCCCACUACUCGUAGUGUCUUACUGCUACAUGAGGAUAUGGGUGCUGGUGAUUCAGGUGAAACACCGGGUUAAACCGGAGCAAAGAACCAAACUGAAACCGAGUGACGUGAGGAAUUUCCUGACUAUGUUUAUGGUGUUUGUGUUGUUUGCUGUGUGCUGGGCUCCAUUGAACCUCAUAGGUCUAGCAGUGGCUAUAAACCCUGUGAAAGUUGCACCCAACAUACCUGAGUGGCUCUUUGUCACAAGCUACUUCAUGGCGUACUUCAACAGCUGCCUCAACGCCAUCAUAUAUGGACUACUAAACCAAAACUUUCGUAAAGAAUACAAGACGAUUCUCCUCUCUCUGUGUGUCCCACGUAUGCUCCUCAUGGAGACCUCCAGGUGUGCCACAGAGGGCCUGAAGAGCAAGCCUUCACCGGCUGCUACAAACAAUAAUGUAGCAGAGAUAAAUGUAUAAACUGGGAAACUGGGAAACUCAGAUGAAGUUUCUCUGAAGCCUCAUUGUGGAUGUGUGCCAUGAUUCACCCAGUGUCUUUACACAAGAUGUGUAUCAUUUUCCAGUUGUAAAGAUAAAAUCAUGUCUGGAGAGGACACUUCUGCCAUCAUAUUUCAGCCAUGUCAGAUGCUGUUCCCUCAUGCUGCAACUAUCAAUUGUGUCACUGGUACAUUGUGUUGUUUGGUGACAGCCUCCCUGCACUGCAUUCAAAGACAGACCAACUAAAUGGUUCACAAGCAAGAAAAAAAUCCAGAUUACCAGUUAGUAUUCACCAAAAACAUCAUGAAAGGUAAUGAUCUGUGAUAAUUACUCUCCUAAAAUCAAUCAAUACGUACUGUAAAAACUGUUAUUUGGGAGACUUCACUUUUUAAGCCACAUCCCAGCAUGUCUAUAUCACAUGCACGAGAAUGACUCACUGCAUAUUUGCACCGAUUGAUUAUGAUUACAUCAACAGCAUAGUGAAAAAAAUAAAUAAAUGUGUUUUCUAUUC